CCUCACACAGCCACUGAAGCUCUCUGUCUGAAGACAAGACAGCAGCUCAUCACAUCACAGCACCACAGAAGAAGAGAUGGCCCAGAUCAGAGCCCCUGUUAUUGUGCUGCUCGUGCUCCUGACUGUGGGGCUGUUCACUACUGAGGCUUCUGCAGCUAAACAAGCACGUCGUAGAAGAUUCUGCUGUCAAAGCUAUACUGGUGGGGAAAUACCUUUUGCAGUUAUCGUAGGAUAUACCCUACAGCCCACGACUGAAAUCUGCAGAAUCCCUGCCAUCAUAUUCCACACUAAAAAUGGGAAAGAUUUGUGUGCAGACCCUUCCCAGAGCUCGGUGAUCCAACAUAUCAACCGACUGAGGGACAAGGCGAUUCACAUCAGUAAAUCACAGUCCUAAUCCGAUGAUGGGUUCUGGAUACAGAGGAGCAGAACAUGUGUAUUCGUUAUAAGACAGGAAACUAAAUAUUUAAACUUUUUUUCAUGAAAACAUUUGUUACUUUUUGUCACUGUUACAAUUUAUGUCUAUAAUAAAUGUAAUAUAUUUCACUAUAACCUGUUUGUAUAUGAAAUAGGCUUUGUGAUUGCAGAGUUUAAUGGUUUGAUCUUGUUUUAUGGGCAUCAGAAAUUGCACACGUUGUAACAUUUUAUUCAUAAAAGUCUUGUGUAUGAUCAUAUCAUUGAUCACAUCUGUUGCUUUAAACUGUUACUUUAAUAUUUUAUGUCUAUAAUAAAUAUAUUUUCCUAAGAA